AUGCUAAGUUAAGUGUCUGCUUUACUUUAUGUUUACUAUAAAGAUUAGAAUAGUGAGCUCAAUUAAGAAAGAUUUAUUUAUUAUUGUAUAGUGAUAGGCAUUCUGAAUUUUUUGGGAUUUUUUCUAAACUCAUUUGAAUAACACCAAAAAUCUAAAGGCAAUUCAUUGAAAAUUGUAGUGGAAUUGAUUUGUUCAAUAUUAGGAUUGAUUUCAAUAUUAUUAUACUUCUUUAUUUAUUUUAUGGAAUUUUCAAUGGCUAGCAUGUAAAUUUUAAUAGGAUUGAUAUUAAUUUGGGUGAUUGAAUGCUCCCUUUAUUAUGUUUUAAGUGAUAAAGGAUUAUAAAGUAUGCUUAGUUUAUUUGUAACAACUAAUAUUUUAUUGAUUAAUGGAGAUAUUGCAUUGAAAGGAAUGGGUUAAUUUAGUGUAAUUAUUUAUUGUAUAAUUUAGAAUUUAUUCGACUAUAGUUCAAUCAAUUUAAUUGUGUUAUGUGCUCAAUUUUCAUGGGCAGGAGAACCAACUACAAAGAAAACAAAUAGUUUGUUUUACAUAAUUUCAAGAUAAGAUUGCUUUAGAUUGAUGGUGUACUUUCUAUUAUUCAAUAUUUUAAAUAAUACAAUUAAAGCAGUAAUAGAAAAUAUUUAUGUAAUUGUACCUACUUUAGUGACAGUGAUUCCAUACAUAUGGGCUACAUCUAAAUUUAGUCAAAGAAGAUAUAAAUAAGCAUUUGGAUUAUUCCUAUUCACUCUUUUAGUUUACUUUCCUAUUGAUGUAUACAUAAAAUAGUAAUAAUUACUACAAUAAAAAGAAUAACCUAUCUACCUGUGA